AAGAGUUGACGAUAGAGUUUGUGAAGACAUGAUUAGUGAGUUACCCGAAGAUUUACUUUUGAGGGUAUUUUCGUUUGUUCCAAUAAAAGACGCAGUAGCCACAAUUGGGUUACAAACGCUGUUAAUCACGGCGUGGAGGAUCUUCAAGCUUCGUUGGCCCAUAGAUCCGGUCAGCUUGCCUAAGAGCCUUUACUUGUGCAAAUCUCUCGUGGUAUUUAAUCUCUCCCACAAGAUUUUCGUGGAUGUUCCUUCUCCGGCUUCCUUCCCAUCCCUGAAAAGUCUUCACCUUUGCUAUAAAGACGAUGAAUCUGUACAUGACAAUGUGACGAUGUUUUGUGUGAAAGUGCCUUCUUUAAUUUCUUUCGCGUAUUUAAAAUUUCGAGAUGACAAUGAUGUAGGAGAUAAUGGCAACAGCUGCUUGAUGAUAGAUACUCCAAGAUUAAAGUGCUUUAUCUUCAUUGAUCAUUCAAAAGAGUAUUGCUCGAUCGAGAUUAUGCCUCCUUUGGUUUCAGCAACUAUCAGUGAUUAUACAUACAGUGAUGACAAGUUUCUAAGACCUAUUUUCUCGUUCAAGACUCUUGAGUUCUUUUCUGAUGAAAUAGUCUCUCUCUCUCUCUCUCUCUCUCUCUCUCGCUCUCUCUCAAAUAAUGAAUCAAACUUGUUGGAACCGUUCAUACUUUUGCUUGGAAACGCUGCAACACUAAAAAAUAUUUUAGUUGAUUAUGUAUAUACAUGUCAACCCGAGGAUCUCCCACUUUCAUGGUACCAACCAAGUUUUAUUCCAGGAUGCUUGUCGUCACAGCUCGAGUUAUUUGAGUGGAGAGGUUAUGGAGGAAGACAAGAAGAUAAAGAUUUGUUGACAUACAUCCUACCAGACUCUAAAUGUUUAAAGACUGCAACAAUAUGCUUGAGAUCCACCUUCAGUGUUGAAGGUAAGGAGAGAUUGAAUGAGGAGUUGAAAAACAUUCCUAGGGUUUCAUCAACAUCUUUUCCAUUCAAAUCCUACCAGAGAAUGGAGAUACAUACUUUAGGGGAAAAAAAUCCAACU